UGUUUUUGUUGAGCUGUAUUUGUACAUUUUAUCUAGCACCUCUGGUGCUCUUAUUUAUACCAUUAAUUGGCUUAUCUGUGAUUCAGCUCCAUUUCCCCUCAACUUCUGAAGCGACGUUUUGAUAGUGGUGGUGAUGGCUUCCCAGAAACAGGAGGAGAAGAAGUUGCAGAAGAGCUACUUCGACGUGUUGGGUUUGUGCUGCUCUUCAGAGGUGCCGCUGAUUGAGAGCAUCCUGAAACCUCUCGAAGGAAUCAAUGAGGUUUCUGUCAUUGUCCCUUCACGAACCCUCAUUGUUGUCCAUGAUAGUCUCAUCAUUUCUCAGCUCCAGAUUGUUAAGGUUCUGAAUCAAGCAAGGCUAGAAGCAAAUGUUAGAGUGUAUGGAAAUGAAAAGCACCAAAAGAGAUGGCCAAGACCAUAUUCAAUUGCUUCUGGAUUGCUUCUUUUGCUUUCGUUUCUCAAGUAUGUCUACUCUCCAUUAAAAUUCCUGGCGCUUGGAGCAGUUGCUGUGGGCAUAUACCCAAUCAUCUUGAAAUCUUUUGCUUCUCUACGAAACGCAAUACUUGACAUCAACAUUCUCAUGAUCAUAGCAGUAAUUGGGACAAUUGCUAUGAAUGAUUAUUUGGAAGCCGCCACCAUUGUUUUCCUAUUCUCAAUUGCAGAAUGGCUAGAGACAAGGGCAAGCUACAAGGCAAAUGCAGUAAUGUCAUCAUUGAUGAACAUAACUCCUCAAAAAGCAGUGAUAGCUGAAACAGGAGAAGUUGUGGAUGCUGAUGAGGUGAAAUUUAACACCAUCAUUGCAGUUAAAGCAGGGGAGGUGAUACCCAUUGAUGGGGUUGUUUCAGAUGGAAACUGUGAAGUUGAUGAAAAAAAUUUGACUGGGGAAUCAUUCCCAGUAGCCAAACAAAAGGAUUCUACUGUCUGGGCUGGCACCAUCAAUUUAAAUGGUUAUAUUAGUGUGAAAACUACUGCAUUAGCAGAAGAUUGUGUGGUGGCUAAAAUGGCAAAGCUUGUGGAAGAUGCUCAGAACAGUAAAACCAGCACUCAAAGAUUGAUUGACAAAUUUGCCAAGUUUUAUACCCCAGCUGUUGUCGCCAUAUCAACUCUUGCGGCGGUGAUUCCACUAGUGUUGAAAGUACAUAAUGAGAAGCACUGGCUUCACUUUGCACUGGUGAUCUUAGUGAGUGCAUGCCCAUGUGCACUUGUCCUUUCAACACCAGUUGCAACGUUUUGUGCCUACACUAAAGCAGCUACAUCCGGUCUUCUCAUCAAAGGGGGUGAAAAUCUUGAAACACUGGCAAAAAUUAAGAUCAUGGCUUUUGACAAAACUGGCACUAUAACAAAGGGUGAAUUUGUGGUGACAAGUUUUCAAUCCCUCUCAAAGGACAUUGAUUUGAGCACGUUGCUUUACUGGGUGUCAAGCAUUGAGAGCAAGUCAAGCCAUCCAUUGGCUGAAGCAGUGGUUGAUUAUGGAAAGUCUUUCUCUAUUGAACCAAAGCCAGAAAAGGUGACUGAAUUUGAAAAUUUUCCUGGAGAAGGAAUCUGUGGGAAAAUUGAUGAGAGUGUUUUUUUCAUUGGUAACAAAAAAAUUGCCACAAGAGCAGGGUCUGAAUCAGUUCCGACGUUACAAGGUGAAGAUCAAAGAGGAAAGACCACCGGGUACAUAUACUCCGAAGGGAGCCCAGUUGGAUAUUUUUCUCUAUCGGAUGCUUGUCGAUCAGGGGUUCAGGAAGCAAUAGCGCAGCUUAAGUCAUUGGGAAUCAAAACCGCUAUGCUCACCGGGGAUUGUGAAUCAGCCGCAAUGCAAGCACAGGAGCAGCUUGGAAAUGCUCUGGAGUUAGUCCAUGCAGAACUUUUGCCAGAGGACAAGGUGAAAAUCAUCUCAGGGUUUAAAACUGAAGUCCCAACAGCCAUGAUUGGAGAUGGUGUUAAUGACGCACCUGCAUUGGCUAAAGCUGAUAUAGGAAUCUCAAUGGGAAUUUCAGGUUCUGCACUGGCAAGUGAGACAAGCAAUAUAAUUCUCAUGUCAAAUGAUAUUAGGAAGGUGCCAGAAGCCAUUAAGCUCGCGAGAAAAUCUCGGAGGAAAGUGAUAGAAAAUAUCAUCUUGUCUGUCAUUACGAAGGCUGCGAUUGUCUGUUUGGCCAUUGCUGGCCAUCCAAUUGUUUGGGCUGCAGUUCUUGUUGAUGUUGGAACAUGUCUCUUGGUUAUCUUAAACAGCAUGUUGAUUCUGAAGAAAGGACACAAACAUGGAGGAAAAUGUUGUAGAUCUUCAACUCAUAAACAUGUCCACAAAAAAGGAUGUGGUGGUGGCAAUUCCCCUCAUCAUCACCAUCAUCACGGGCAUAAGCACAAACAUCAACAUCAGCAUCUGCAUCAACAUGAUAGCCAUGAGCAUUGUUGCUCAGACAAAGCAAAAAAGAUAUCUCAGCCUCAGAAGUGUGCCUCCAAGACAUGCUCCUCUAAUAGUCCACCCCGCCCUUCAAGUUUGAGUCUAGGCAGAAGUGUUAAGCAUCUUAAUAUCUCAGAGGGUCAUGUCCAAUGUGCUGAAAAUGAUGAAAAAGAAAUCCAACAGUCUGCUCAACAUUGUCACUUGAUCCAUCAUUGUGAAAAUCUGAAAGACCAUGGCAUUCAGCAUAAAAAAUCAGGUUGUGAUUCUGAUUCUAAGAAGCACGGGUCAGGUGAAAUAUCCAUUGACAUCGAUGGACAUGUCCAUUCAGCCUCCAAGCAUGGCUGUUCAACUUUGAAAGAGGAAACAAAAGGUUCUUGUUGUGGAAACCGCUCGGACACAUAUCACAAAUGGCCUACUGAAAUUGGCUGUGACUGUGAGGGUUUAAAUGAGAGAGAAGUGAGUGCUUGUUGCAGAAAUGUGGGGUCUUUGAAAGAAUCUUUGGAAUCCUCUAUUAUGCAGCAUGCUUGUAUUAGUUUGAACAAGAGAUAAGUUGGUGGAUGUUGCAAGAGCUACAUGAAAGAAUGUUGUGCCAAGCAUGGACACUCAGGGGCUGGUUUUGUAGGAGGCUUAUCAUAAGCAAUAAAUGUCAACAAGCUUGCUUUUGUAAGUUUAUAUAUUUUAAUGAAGAUCUGGUGGAGCUUGUCAAGUUGACAAACAGCACUGUGGCAUUAGUUUGAAGGUAGUUUAGUAAGGAAAACAAACAUUGUUCUUGGCUUUUCAUUUUCAAGUUUUUGUUUUAUUUCAGAGAAUUGGGUAGAUGUUAAGGUCUUCUGGCUCUUUCAUGUAUGUUGCAUAUUAUACUGGUAGAUGUUAACAUCAAAACUAGACAGUUAUCUAUCAAUAAUCUAUCUCAAUUGUUUGCUUC